UUGGUCUGUGCAGACCCUGCUGGGGACUAUUCCUCCUAGGCAUGGCAUUUAGCACACGUUUUUUGAGCCUAAAGUAAAAUAUACCAAUGGCUGAUUGAAGAGAGUUGUGUUCCUGCUGAAUAUCAAGUUCAGUUAGGCAUAAGUCUGGGAAGCAGACUGGAACUACAAAGGAAAGUUCAUAUAAUCCUUAAUUUAGUAUUACCAUUAUGCGCUAUUACUAUGGGUAAUAAUGUUAUUAAUGCCUCAGAAGUAUAUCUCAGUUACCUGCAGGACCAAAAUGAAGAGGACAUCCAAGGACGGCCAGUCCAAAUUGCCAGACAACACUGCCUUGAAGCAGCAGCAGUUGCCUGCCUCCCGGCUACAGCUCUCAGCCACUGGAGUCCUCUCUUGCUUUUUUGCCACAGGAGUAUUCUGCCUUGGUAUGGGCAUCAUCCUUAUAUUGUCUGCAAAGAGUAUCAAGGAAAUAGAGAUUAAAUACACAAAAAUCUGUGGAAAUUGUGCAAAACUGCGAGAAGAUGCCACUAAUUUUGACAAAGUAUGCACCUGCUCUAUUCCGUUUUACCUUCCAGAGACAAUGCAGGGUAAUGUUUAUAUGUACUACAAAUUGUAUGGCUUCUAUCAGAAUCUCUAUCGAUAUAUUCUAUCCAGAAGUAAUAGCCAACUUGUGGGUACAGACUUAAAGGAUGUUGGAAACUGUGCUCCAUUUAGCAAGUCCCACGAUGGGACUCCCAUUGCUCCUUGUGGUGCUAUUGCCAACAGCAUUUUCAAUGAUACCAUUAUUCUCUCAUACAAACUUAAUUCAUCUAUACCUAUCAAAGUCCCAAUGCUAAGAAGUGGAAUUACAUGGUGGACAGAUAAGUAUGUCAAGUUUCAGAAUCCAAGUUCCAUUAAUCUUUCUAGCGCAUUUGCAGGGACCACAAAGCCCCCAUCCUGGGCUAAGCCUGUCUAUGAACUGGAUGAAGAGGAUCCAGGAAACAAUGGCUUCCUCAAUGAUGACUUCAUUGUGUGGAUGCGGACAGCUGCCUUUCCCACUUUCAAAAAACUCUACCGUCGACUCAAUCGAAUACAGUACUUUAUUGAAGGCUUGCCUGCUGGUAACUAUAGUUUCAACAUUACCUAUAAUUUUCCAGUAACAAGGUUCAAAGGAGAAAAAUCAGUUGUUCUUUCCACCUUGACAUGGAGUGGAGGCAGUAAUCUUUUCUUAGGUCUUGCCUACACAGUGACAGGAGCGGUGACAUGGUUGGCCUCUUUUUCCAUGAUGGCAAUUCACUUGAUGCUGAAAGACAGGAAAGUGCUCUUCAUCCAGCAGUAAAGUCAAGUUUUAAGAAGAAGAAUAGAAAACACAGAAAUGGGCAAUGAAGUAACAGAGCCAAAGAUUUCUGACAAGGCUCGAAAUGACUGGGAUAUUUCAUCAAGGGGAACUGGAUUGACUGACCAAGUACAAUCCCAAAUAAAUAAAUAAUGAGAGAUUCAGAGUGAAGAAGAGGAGGAAGACAGAGAGGAAGAGGAGGAGGAGGAAAAGGCAUCGUUAUAUAUAGUAAGAUGUCCUUGGAAUGGGGAAGAUAAAUCAUCUUUGAGUUCUAAACCAGGUCUCGGGUAUUUAUUUGAAGCCCUUGUGCCUAAAGGUCGGUGAAUGCCUAGGGGAGAGUGCCAUCAUUAGACAAGAGUAAGUAAGCCUGGGGUCCCCAAGAUUAGGUGAAUUCUUUUAACCUCUAUCAGGCUCAGACCAUGAGUCUUCAUUGCUUGGUCAAAGUUUUAGACUUUCUAACAAUUGUUAAGCAUGUAAUUGAGCAAUCAGGAUGAUUUUUGAAAACUGACUUAUUCAGUGUUCCCUUUUCUCUAUGGAUUAAAAACUAAGUUUUCUCUGCUAAGAAAAUGCCAAGCAAAGAUUGUGGAGUGCCCUGAACACCCACAAUACAGCAAUACACCAAAAAGAAAGGCCAGAGGGUUCCCUGAAGUUAUUCAUGUAGCCAAGAGGAAAGCACUGAAAGUUACUGAUUCUCUCAAAAGUUGUAUUCAGCAUUUAAGGGCACAAAACAAUUUUCAAACUUAUAUUGGGAUGACAUAUUCUGGAAUGCAAAUGAUGACAUGUAUUUAUGAUACUUGAAAUACAUGUGUUGAGGGAGCUUUUCAGGGUCCAUCUUAAAAUGUUUGAAUUCCUGGGAUGACUGGGUUGCUCAGUCAGUUAAGUAUCUGCCUUCAGUUCAGGUCAUGAUCCCAGGGUCUAGGGUUCGA